ACAUCGAUGACAACUUUCAACGGAUACGAGUAAUCUGCAGUUGUUUCAGUUUUAGUUGUUGUAUUUAAUGGGAUAGUUUGUAUGGGCAGAGAACUGAACAUUUAAAAACACGUAUAUUAUGUUUACAUUGUCAUUCUAAAAACAUUGAUAUAUUGAUAGAUAUAUUAAAAUGGGGUACAAUUUAUGGAAUUAUAUAUAAGCAUACCUGCAUAAAAAUGAGUCAAAUAAAGGUUGUUGUGUGGAAAAAUCUUAUAAUUAGGAAGAGACACUGGUUUUUAACAAUAAUAGAAGCAUUGCUACCAGUAUGUUUGUUUUUGCUCAUAGCAUAUGGCAGAAGUCAAAUUUCAGGAUUAAAUAAAGUUGAAUUCACUGAUCCAACAUUUAAUUACAAAGAAGGAAUAAAUUAUGGUAUUAAUGUUGGAAAUACCUACAUCCUGUAUACACCUGGUGGUGACUACUACACAGAUUUAAUAAGUAAAAUGCAUGCUAAGUUGUCCCUACCUAGUGACCAAGUACAAAGGUUUGGUACUGAAAAAGAAUUACUGGAAUAUUAUUACAAAAAUUCGAAUUACACAAUUAUAGCAAUUAUAUUUGAUGACAAAGAUAAGAAGAAUCUGAAGUAUAAAUUAAGAUAUCACGAAUCUGGGUCGUUUAACAAAGAAUUUUUGUCCACAGGAGACAAAUAUCAGAAUGCUUAUUCUUUCCAACCUGGUAUCGGUGGAGCUUACAAAAGUAGCGACUUUCUUGCAGUUCAGAUGGCCUUGGAUAUGGCAUUUCUUGAAUAUAAUUCAAAACAAACAGAUUUAGAGGAAAAAUAUUCUAUAGUCGUUGAAGAAUUUCCAUAUCCGCCUUACAAAUUAGAUUCUGCUAUAACAAAAUUGUUCUUAGAAUUCCUACCAUUAAUAACUUUAUUCAGUUUCAUAUUUUUAUGUCCGGCAGUCCUUAAGAGAGUUGUAGAAGAAAAACAUUCCGGAAUAAAGGAAUUGAUGAAAAUGGUGGGAAUGAAAUCAUGGAUGCUUUGGUUGGGUUGGUUUAUAUAUGGAAUGAUCCCAAUAUUUUUCUCUGUAUCUAUUAUAAUUAUCUUAAUGAAAGUUCCGAUGUUUGGAAGUACUUAUCCAUUGAUUGAAUACUCAAGUGGUGGAAUACUAUUUUGCUUUUUAAUUUUAUACUGCAUGGCCGCUAUAGCUUUCUGUUUCGCUAUAAGUUCCUUUUUUAGUCGUCCGACCAUAGCACUGGUGACAGGUAUUCUGGUGUGGAUUUUAUCAUUUUUCGUCCCAAAAUAUGCAUUAGGAUUAGAUGAGUCCAAUCAGUUAUCAUGGUCGACAAAUAUCAUCCUGAAUUUAUUACCCAAUAUGGCUUUACAUUAUGGAUACGCAGUAAUAUCUGUAUUUGAAGAGAGAGAAAUUGGUGUACAAUGGUCAAACUUCAGUGAUUCGACUAGUGGUUCAGCGGAAGAUAUUACUUUGUUAAAUAUAUAUCUGAUGCUAAUAUUUGAUACAUUGAUUUACACAAUCUUCACUUUCUACAUGGACGGUGUCAAUCCAGGAAAGUACGGAGUGAAAAAAAAGAUAUUUUUCCCUAUAAUCGAAUUAUUUAAGAUGUGUAGAAAACCAACUGAUACAGUUAAAGUCGACACCGAGACGCAGAGAUUAGAAAAAAUAGAAGAUGGAAUCGGAUUGCGCAAAGGAAUUGAGAUUAGUAAUCUACAUAAAAGAUUUGGUCAUAAAGUAGCUGUCAAUAAUUUAAAUUUGGAUAUAUAUGCAGGACAAAUUACUGUAUUGCUUGGACAUAAUGGAGCAGGAAAAUCUACUACAAUGUCAGUUAUAACUGGUAUGCUACAAGCCACAUCCGGUUCUGUUAAAAUAAAUGGUUUGGAUACCAAAAGGGAUAUGGACGAAAUUCGUAAAAGUCUUGGUCUUUGUCCUCAGCAUAAUCUAUUUUUCACUGACUUAACAGUCAAAGAACAUCUUUUAUUUUUCGCCAAGUUAAAAGGAAUGUCGUCGGACGACGCAUCUGUUGAAGCAGACAAUCUGUUAAAAAUUUUAAACAUGACUAAGAAAACGAACUCUAUGGCACAUUCCCUUUCUGGAGGAAUGCAAAGAAAAUUGGGUUUGGGAAUGGCAGUGAUAGGAGGUUCCAAGGUUUUAAUAUUGGAUGAACCAUCGUCUGGAAUGGAUCCUGAAUCAAGAAGACAUCUGUGGGAUUUGUUGUUGGAGUGGAGAGGCGACAGGACGAUUUUAAUUACCACUCAUUUCAUGGAAGAAGCCGAUGCUUUAGCAGAUUGGAUAGCCAUUAUGUCUAAUGGGACUCUAAAUUGUUACGGAACACCCAUGUACCUUAAAAAGAAAUAUGAUAUCGGAUAUCAUUUAUCUCUAAUGGUUGAAUCGACAGCUAACAUUUCGGAUAUUAAAUCUGAAGUUACCAAAUAUAUCCAUGAUGCACAAUUGAAAUUUGUUGAUGGAAAUAAUCUCACAUUUGUUUUACCAUCUGAAAGUAAUCCAAAAAUGAAAGAUGUACUGACGAAUUUGGAAACGAAAAAAUCGGAAUUAAAGCUAACAAAUAUUUCUGUAACAGUAACUUCAUUAGAAGAUGUUUUCCUUAAAACUCACCUCGAAAGUAACGGACAUCAUAACGAUAACUGCAAUAAUAGUUUGUCAGUGGAUCCUAAAGUUUUGGAUAUACAAGGACUUCUAUCGCAUGAAUCUAUAGGGAAGAGAGAACCGCAACUUAAUUUGAAAUUGGCAACCCUUUUACAUAAGAGAUGGCAAUUCUUUUGCAGUAAAAAAUUCACUUAUGCUGUUCCUGCGUUAAUAACAUUGGUAUUUUUCAUUUUAACCGGAGUUUUAAGUGGAGGUAACGAUUACUGUAAUAAAACUGGACCAGAGUUGGAUCUUAAACUGGGUAGUUACAAACAGACAUCUGUAUUUUACAAUGGUACAACCAACAAUAAUGAUGUGACUAAAAUGAUGAGAAUUUACAGAAACAUAGUGGAGGAUCAGAAAAGUUUACCGUUCAAUGUUAUAGAUACAGAACAUUCGAUACUAAAGAAGAGCAUUGAGAAUAUAGCUUACUAUAGAGAACACAUGAUAGCAGGUGCUACUUUCAAUGCUGAUAAGACAUUCGAAUUAGUUGCCUUAUACAAUGCUAUACCUAUACACAGCAUGCCAAUAUCGCUAAAUUUAUUAACCAACACCUUGGCUCAAUUUUUACUAGGCCCUGAUUAUUCAAUUUCUCUUAGUAACUGGCCGUUACCGCACGUAAAUCAAAUUAAAUCUUCGCAAGAACUCUCACAUACCAAAAUUGGUAUUUUAUGGUUAAUUUUAAUUCCAAUUGGAUGUCUUUUUAUUCACGGCAGUUUUAUUAUUUUCCCACAUACUGAAAUCUCAACCAAAUUUGUCAAAAUACAAUAUAUGUGUGGUGUAAAACCGAUUUGUUAUUGGCUCGUUAACUUCUUGGCUGAUAUGGUAUUGUAUAUGGGAUUGAUGCUAACGCUCGGUUUUAUAUUGUGGAUCAUUUCACCCGUCCGGGUACAUUUUGGUUAUCUAACAUUGAUUUUCCUAUUAUAUGGUUUAGCUGGUAUACCUUUCACGUAUCUAUUCAGCAGAAAAACUUCAGCUUCUGGCGCUUUCGCUUUACUCAUAAUUAUGGGAAUGUUCUUGGGAAUCAUUUUUACCAUCACAAUAGAAAUUUUGUUACAUUCUCAAGAUGAGUACUAUAUGAAUAUUGGAAAUCACAUUAAAUAUGUCAGUUUACUGUUGAUACCACAAGUCGGUUUGUGCGAUGCACUUUUAAAUUUGGCGAAGAGAGCUGUAAUGAUACACAAUAUUAAUAUGUCACCUGCCAAAAUGAAUAUGGUUUGCAUCGGACAAUCUCAUGUGUGCUGUAAUGAAAAUUCCAAAGAAUGUAUUGGUUUCAAAAAUUACUCCAACCUCUUCGAUGAUUAUUUCAUUAUGAUCGCAUGUUGCUUUAUAUACCUUACAAUCAACAUCGUUUUGGAUGCUUAUUGGUUUAUGAAAGUGAAAUCCGUAAUAAUCAAACAUUAUCAUCGAUUCAGAUCAUUUAGAAAAUUUGACUACGAGAAUCUCCAAUAUGACAAAACCGAAAUGACAAAUAAAAAUAUUGAUGACGGUUUGAACACUCUUAAGGCGGAAAAAUUAUCAAAACUUUACGAAGGCAAACAGAUUGUCAAGAAUCUCAAUCUAACUUUGAAACGUGGUGAAUGUUUGGGUAUAUUAGGUGUAAAUGGUGCGGGGAAAACUACAACAUUCCGUAUGCUUACCAGAGACGAAAUGGUUGAUGGAGGAUCAGUACUUAUGGAAUUAGAAAAUAAAAAAAUAACUAUCGAUAUGGACGAGUACAUGCAAACAUUGGGUUACUGUCCGCAGUCAGAUUCUCUAAAUUAUGUCUUAACUGGUAGACAAAUCUUGACUACGAUAGGAGCAUUAAGAGGCAUUAGCGACAAAAAUGAAAUAACAAAAUAUUUGGAACUAUUUGAUUUGUUAGAAUAUGCGGAUGUGCCUUGUGGAUACUACAGCGGUGGCAACAAAAGGAAGCUAAGUUUGGCAAUUUCAUUGAUAGGCUUUCGCGAAUUUGUCCUACUCGACGAACCUACUAAUGGAAUUGAUCCCUCUAGCCGAAGAAAAUGUUGGAGUCUUAUAAAGACUCUGCAAAAAGAAAAAGGUUUCAUAUUAACAUCUCAUAGUAUGAACGAAUGUGAGGCGUUAUGUAAUGAAUUGAAAAUAAUGAAAGACGGUAAGUUUGUCGAGCAAGGAUCUUUAGCUGAUCUUAAAAAUAAAUUUGGGGGAUUUACUUUAAAACUGAAGAUAUCAAAUAAAAAAACGCCUUCGGAAAUUUCGGGUGAUGUUGAUGAAGUCGAUGGUGUAGACGUAGUUGAUGAUAGAAAUGAAGUACCGAAAUUUUCUACCGUCGAAGAUAUUAAAAAAUACUUCACUAAAAAUGAUAGAGCCGAAUUGAAAGAUGAACACUCUGGUUUACUACAUUUUCACAUUAAAGAUAAAAAUAAAAGGUGGAGUGAUAUAUUCAAAGAAGUCGAAACUAUCAAAUCGAUUAAUUCUCACCUAAUUGAAGAUUAUGCUAUAAGCGAAGCUUCUUUAGAAGAUGUAUUUUUGAAAGUGGCAAGAAGCGGAACGGAAGAGGGUACGAUUAAACGAGUACACGAAAAUAAAAAAAAAUUAAUGCGACCAAGAAAUGAAGAUGUGAAGCGGAAAUAAAACUAGGCGAGCAAAAAGGGUCACAAUUCAGUCUUUUGUAUGUCCCGUCAUAAACAAAGACUAAAUGUACACUAAAUACUAAAAUGUAUCAAAAACAUACAACAAAAUAUUUGCAUUAGGUGACUUUUAUAUAUUUGUUAUGUUUUUCUACGACUUUUUGAAGUUCAUCUAUUACUUUUAAUAAUUUUAGUAAGAUUCACCAAUAAAAAUUUAGUAUGUUGAUUAGUGUAGACUAAACAUAUUUUCCUAUUAAAUUGAAACAUCUAAGACCUAGAAGUAAGUGAUCAGAAUAAUUGUUAAAUGUCACGUGGAAUCGAUUACAAACUAUUUGUGGCGGCUUAUGUAAUUAGAAUGACUACUUACUCCCAUAUUUUUACUUUACUAAUUCACUUUAUAUAAAUGAAGAAAUUUCUAACUAAUCAACAUUACUAAAUUUGUUAUAAAGUGAGAAGAAGCUGGUUGGAAUAAAUUUAUAAUUUUUGCUACUGUGCAUUAUUAUAAAACAUCUAGAACUUGUAAAAUUGAAUAAUAAAUUGAUAAAAACUUUUGAAUGACAAGUACAACUCCCAAUUGUUCAAUAUGUGAAGUAUGAGCUAUCCCAUUCUAUAUUACAAAAUUUUGUUGAUUAUGUUUACUGUAGAAAUUACAAAAAUUUAUCAAAUAUAUCCGCUAACAACUUUCAAAACCUGAAAUGUGCUUCUUCUACUACUUUUUCAGAUGUUGGAGGAGAGUUCCAUUUCCUCUUGUUCCUUCCACAGUCUUUUGUCUCAAAAGGUUUUGCUAGUUUUGUCUCUAGAUCUUAUAUUUGCUGUCUCUCUUUAUUUUUUUGUUUCCAACUUUCAUUAUUCAUUCAUCAUUUAUCUACAUUCUUUCUUACCAACAUCUAUUAUUUAUUUAUUUUUCCAAUUAUUAAUUCUUGUUUUGACAUUUCUUUAUCCUCCAUCUUGUCCCACUUGUUUAUUCGUUUCAAAGUUCAUAAUUAAAUUAAAAAAAGAAACUAUGAAUGUUGAUGCAAUUGAUAAUAAAGUGGUACAUAGAAUUUUCUAGCAACGUGUUAAUUGUAUUUGAGUGAGUUAUAAUUUUCAGUAAUCCCAUGAAUUUAUGGCUAUGUUAAUUUUUGGUAUAAACUUGAGGUAUUUGAAUGGGGAAUAGGGUAUAUCACAAAAUAAACUAAAUUGGGGUUUGUAUCUCUCAUCAUCAAUAAUACAAAUUUAGAAUUUGAAUUUGACAUGUUUAUGUCAAAUAAUAAUAAAUUCAUUUUUCACAUUCUACAGCUGAUAUCUAUUUUAUUUUUGGUGUCACAUACUACAAAAAUUGUUUACUUUUCUAUAUAUUCAAAUAAUAAGUGAAGUAUAACUAAAACUAUUUGCACUUUUGAAGUGAUAAUACAUAAUUGCUUAAAGCUUGAAUUAUUUUUUGAAAAGUGUUGCCAAUAAGGUGCCAAAAAGUGAAUUUUUAAGCUGUAUAAAAAAAUUUUUCUUUAGAGUUCACCACAACGUUGUAUGUUGUUGAUAUCAAAAAUAUUAUUAAAAUAAAAUGUCCUUAUAUACAAGAUUGUCCAGAAUUAAUAACAUUUAUCUUUACAGCCUCCUUUAAAAUAUAGGGAUAGCUCUUUUUAUAACUGAAAAAUCACAAAAAUAUAACCCUUUGAAUGGGUUGAUUGAUUAUAUUAUUUUUUCCCAUUAUGGAGUUCAUAUUUUGAAAGUGACUAUUAAAUAUUAGGAUAACUGAUUACAUGUUCCCAUCUAUCCCUUGCCAAUAAAGGGUGGCUUUGGAAAGUAAUUGACAGUAACAUUUAAAAUACAUUUACACAACUUUUUGGCAGAUAUUUCAAGAACAAUUAGUCUUUUUAAAGGUUUUUAUCUUCUUUAUUUUUCAUUUUUUGAAGUGUACAUGAAGAAGCAUUCUUAUUUUUGCACAUACCAUCAGCUAUAAAAAUUGCUUUACAUAAUUCUGGACCGCUUGUAUAUGUUUAAUAAGGCGUCAAAAUUUUUGCAACUAAUUUUUGAAAAUUGUUGGCUGUGAUUGUUCUAGUUGUCUUUGUUUUUUGAAAAUAGAAUAAAACCUAACGGACAUAGACUUAUUUAUUGAAAAAUCAACUAAAAUAAUCUAAUUAUGAGACUAUCAUUACAUGGAUUAUAUAAGAAUCCAUUCUAUUGAUCUUUUUUGAUAAAUGUUAUUUUUACUAUACAGAAUGUCCAAAAACUCUCCUGCCAAACGCAAACUACAAAUACUAGUUGUGAUUUUUUAUCUGUGUUGUCUAAUUCAUUGUCCAAAACUUUUUCUAAGAGAACUAGCUCUGAUAUGUUUAUUUUUUAAGCAUUUUUUGUUAUUUUCAAAGCUCCAUUAGGAUUAAUUAGGUCAGAUUGGCAUAAAAUAACAUUCUAUUAUCUGUCGUUUGCAUUUGAAAAGAGGAUUUCUGCUCAUCUAGUAUAAAUAUUGGGAACUGCAAUGAUUAUUGUUAGUAGAGAUUUUUUUACCGAUAUUUUAUCUUGUAAAAAGGCACUAAAUAGCUCUCUUAUUACUGAAUAAAAUUGUUUUAAGACGAAAAUCUCGAGCAUCAGAUCAAUUAUAUAAUAAUAUGUUUACAAAACUAAAAACUAAGACAAAUCUGUAAACAAAAAUUGAUCUGUUUAUGGAUGUAACUUUUUAUUUCUCUAAAAAUAAUUUUGUAGGUGAUAUGCAAACAAACUAAACUUUAGACGGAUUUUUUUGUUAUGAGGAAUAUCACAAAUCGAUAAUAGAAACUUUUUAAUCAUAAAAUUAUUUAUUUUUCAAAUAGAAUGUGUGGAAAAUAAUUUCUGACUAUUAGUCAAACACAAGAGUUGUAAUAUACCACAAUGAAAAAAUGCCAAAUAUCACAAAGAAAUAACAAAUAAAAUGACAUGUUAAAACAAAUAUGUAAUGUUAUUAUGAUCACUCAAAUAUCACAAUUAUUAUAAAAUAAAGCCAAAUAUUACAAAGAAGUAAUUGAAACGAAGAUGUAACAUGAGGUAAGUUAGAGGAAAGGGAAUUAUUAUCUGUUUAGGUUCAGGUGAAAAGCAAAGACUAGUACCAAAUCUGAAAACUAUAUCCGCUCCGUUUGAAGGGUUAAGCUGGAAUUAUUGAGAUCGUUGGUUUAUUGCCUUUUUACCAGCACUCACACUUACAUUCUCAUGAGUUUUUAUAAUCGACUUAUCCCCUUGAGGGACUUUACUUUUAGUCUCUAAAGACGAUAAGCUGGUUAUCAUAAUUAUAGUUAUACGAUAUGUGUGGGUGUAUUCAGUUGGAUUAUUUUCGGCGUUCUGGCUAUUGAUUUAGGAACACAGUGAAGCUGAACAUUAAUUUUAGUAAAGUAUUGAAAUCAGUAUUUUUAUAUACUUUUUUCAUAUACGAAUUAAAUACACACUUUCCUUUGAAACAGUCCAGGAGGAAUCGGCGCAUGAGUAUAGAGAACUAACCCAUGUUGCCAUUUGUGUAAUCGGAAGGGCAAUUUGAAGAAAAUCGCAUAAAAAAAUUGAGGUGGAAUAAUUUUCCGUACUCAUGCGCCGACCUCUCCUGGACUAAAAUACUUUAAUUUCCUCUUAUAAUUUAUGAAUUAUAAGAGGAAAUUGUAUUUUUUUUUAUAUUGAUCUACAUGAUAGUUACUGUGAUUAUUUUAUAUAUUAUUAUCAUUACAAUUUGUAUUAAUAGGGAAAAAUGAAUAGUUUGUAGUUUUCAUUUUGUUAAGUUAGGUUCACAUUUUUUGCAUUUUGGCUACUCAAAAAGCGCUUUUUGUAUUCAAAUGAAACAUAGCGGGUUAGAAAUAUCUAUUGCAAUUGUAGGUUUUAAUAAUGGUUAAAGGUAUAUAUUAACGUAUAUAUGUAAUUUUUAGUAUAUUCAAAUAAUUUUUUCAUUGAAAUCCUAAGCCUCAAAUUCACCUAAACAAUUCUGUCCUAAGUUUCUGGAGUAGAUAAACGUUUGUUCUUGUACAACGAGUUGUUGCAAUAUAAAUGCAAAAUUUUUUUUAAAAAUUGCAGUUUUAUUUAUAGGGAGUAUUAAAAAUUGUGAUAUCGUUUAGAUUUUUUUUGUUUCCAUUUUUUACAUUUAAGCUUUAAGGGAAAAUCGUUCAAAUAUCAAAUAUCUAUUAUGUCACAUUUCCGAGAAGUAUCUAUGAAACUAGUAUUUAUUUUCCUUCAAUAAAUUUUAGUACAUUUGCCGGCUUCAUUUGGUGAUUUUUCCUGCUUUAUAUAGUACAUUAUAAAUAUAGAGCCUCGAGUUUCUGUAGUGUCUUGCAUUCAGUAAGUAUGUGAAUUGAAUUCUACUUUUCUAAUUCACAGAAUCUCCAGUUACCUCUUUCCACCAAUUCGAGUUUCUUGAGAUAUCCAUUCCGACGAAGUUAUCUUGGUAAUAAUCCCGCUCUGGUUCAUGUAUUCUCCUGAUCUCUUCUGGUAAUAGUUUCCCAGUAAUAUACUUUGUAUUUGGAUGAAACGGGAAUAAUAAUAAUUCACAACUGGUGAAAUCGUGUAAAAUCAUUCUUCGAAGUAAGAAAAUUCAAACUUGUUGGAAUUUUUGGAUAGUUUGUGAUAUUUAUACUGUUUACUAUUAUAAACACUUUUAUAUUGAUGGAUGUGUUUCGAUAACCAAGUUAUCAUCUUCAGUGUUUCUUUGACCUCUAAAUAUCUUUAGGUUGUCAUUAAAAUUUGUAUCAGACAUAGAAUAUGAAUGUUAGUGUAGUAGUAGUAAACAAUGUGUUCGGAUUGUUACAAAGUAUCGUGGGUCAUGUAAUUUUUUCCCAAGAUCAAGCACCAGUUGAAGAUCAGGUUUCUGAUUAAUUAAUAUCUAAUCAAACGAGGCGGUUAAAACUGAUUUGAUCUUAAUUAGCGACCGUUUUCAUGGUUUUAAUACAUUGUUCUUAUAGGUAAUAUAAUAUGAAAAUACAAUAACUGCUAACUGUAUCUUAUAUUUCAGAAGCUUUUUUAUUGAAAAAGUUUAUAAAUGGAUAGAUAGACAGAUAAAGUUUAAUCAGAGAAACAUUAUUAUUGGAACGCAAUAAUUUCUCUUAUAAUCUCGUUGUCAGCUUCGAUAUUUAUACUAAUGAUUAUUUUUAUUUAAAAACAUGCAAAAACAAUAAGUUAUCUCUAUUUUGAUUCAUAUUGUCUUGAAUAUAUGGCAACUUAUUUUAUAAAUUUUUCAAAUGAAUAUUUUCCCAGUGUAUAAUGAUAAUGAUGAAAAAUAAUUUGAUUAUAUUUAUUGCUUGUUUAAUAAUUAACUGCAUAUUUAAUAAAUAUACUGCACUGGUGAUAUGUAUUUUUAUGUUUGUAAUAAUUAUAAUAAAUAUUUUAAUAAAAAAUAAA